GUCACAAACGCGGAAGCAGAUCGGAAGGGGCGAGCCGAACCCCCACGCGCUCGCAGCCUCGCACACUCGAUGGAAACCUGCGAGUCCAAAAAGCAGCCGGGCUUCGUUCUCAGUCUUUUGAAAUGAGCGACAGCGACGAUGACAUUCCCACGCUGUCGGCUCAUACUCUGGCGGCUCUGCGGGAGUUUUACGAAGAGUCCCGAAGCGAGAACUCCCGCGACGAUCCUUCCACAGCCGCGGACCACUUUACCGUGGGAGCCUUAAGCGAAGACUGGAGGAUGAGUCAAUUCUGGUACACUGACGACACAGCAACACGAUUAGCUGAGGAGCUUCUGCUCCAAGCUGGAGGAGGAGGAAGGAUCGCGUGCGUGAGCGCCCCUAGCGUUUACCAGAAGCUCAAGCAGCUAUGCGGCCCCGAUCAUGGUCCCGCGGCCAUGGCGGUCCUGGAGUACGACCGCCGCUUUGCCAUCUAUGGCGACGACUUCAUCUUCUACGACUACAACCAUCCGCUGGCAUUUGCAGAGCACGGCGUGGCGCCUGGCAGCUUCGACGUGGUCUUGGCAGACCCGCCCUACCUCUCGGAGGAGUGUCUCACCAAAGUAGCCCAGACUGUCAAGUACCUCACCAAAGGAAAAGUGCUGCUUUGCACAGGUGCCAUCAUGGAGAAUCUGGCCAAGGAUCUUCUGGACGUGAAAGUGUGUCACUUCCUACCUCAGCACGAGCGCAACUUGUCCAACGACUUCCGGUGUUUCGUCAACUACCCGUCGCCGCUGCUGCUGUCCCGCUGAUUGGCGGGAAGCGGUACAAGAAGGCAGGCCCAUCCGGUAGCUGUAUGGACAGAGCAGAGUGAAGUUCUCAAAGAUGGAUGUCGAAUCACAAGACCACACGUCAAAUGGAAACAAGGACACUCAUGGCAAAAAUGUCAACAUGUUUGUAUGGGUUAGUGUUUAUAAACACAGUAUGUACUAGGUGGAUGUAUACUAUGUAUUCCAUACCAUUUUGAAACCCCAACAAACACAAUGAUGUGCUUUUCUAAUCGGGCAGUAGCUCGUCUCCGACGUCCUCUCCGGGAAAGACGUCGUCUUCCACCCGCUUCUUCACUCCUCCGGUCCUGGGCUGGUUGGCAAGGGGGCCCAGUGGGUCCGCAUAAGACGCAUCUAUGCAAACGCAAAAUGGCCCCCGUGCUUAGGACGUGCUAGCGGUUAGCAUUGAUGCUAUUCGAGGGCUCGCCCUGUCACACACCCAAUUCUUUGGGGCUGCCGCUCGUCUCAAAAGGCUCGCCGGAAGCGGGAAGUGACGUCACAGGCCCAACCCCACGUUCCCCUUUGGGAACACCGUCUGAAACAAAUGUGGGAGGCAAAAUGUUGAUUAAAUCUGCCAGCCAGUUAA